UGCACAACCGCCGACGGAUACACAGCUGUUUCGAGGAGUCAUGGUUGAAAAUUACCUAUUAAACUAAAUUAGUUAAUUAAAAACGAUAGCCAGCCGGUGGCCAGAGGAGCAGCAACGAUGCAGCGAGUCCAGGCGGAGCACAAGUCAGCUAGGGUGCACCAGCAUCCACACACGCACGCACAUUCACACAGUUUGCAGCAGCCGGAGGAGAAGGAGCACAACAGCAAUGAGACGACGACCACAUCCACGUCGAAUGCCCGGAUUGCGGCCAGCAGCAGUGCCACGCCCACAGUGGGGACAGCGGGCGGAGGAGCCAGCGGAGCACCCACUCCACCCAAGAGUCUGGCCCUCAACCGGAACCACCACUAUGCUCCCGGUUCAGACACUUCCGGGGACCAGGAGGAGGAGCUGCUGGACUCGCGCUACGAGUGCGCCAUCUGCAUCGAUUGGCUAAAUGAACCGGUGCUGACCUCGUGCGGCCAUCGAUUCUGCCGCAGCUGCCUCACCGCCUGGAUGCAGAAGAACAACCAGUGCUGUCCCAUGGACAACAAGCGCCUGUCCGCCGAGCACGACAUCUUCCCGGACAACUAUACACGCCGCGAAAUUGAGCAAUUGAAGCGCGAUUGCCCCAACUCCUCGCUGGGCUGUUCGGUGGUGGCCUCGCCCAUCGAACUGCACCGCCACCUGCCCAGUUGUCCCUACAGGAGGCAACAGGAACCGCAGGAGGAGAAGUGCCCGUUUGCCAAGAUCAAGUGCGAUUUUGUGGGCCGGCCGGAGACGAACCAGUUGGAGGAGCACCUCAAGGCAGACAUGCCGCAUCACAUGCAGCUAAUGCUGCAGGCCUUCCAGCAGACAGCCAUCGCCACCUGGCAGCCGCACAAGCCGAGCACCAGUGGCAGCGCCGUGGAGAAUGGACAUGGACAGCAGCAGCAACUGCCGCCUCCGCCACAAUAUGCCAAUGGUGUGGAUGAGCAGAUUGUGCAAACAAUGUACCAGAGGAUUGUGGUCCUAGAGCAGAGGACACGUGAGCAGGAAACGCGACUGGAGAACCUACAGAUGCAACUACGUCUGGCACGCCAACAAGCGCCCGUGGAUCCACGCUAUAGCAAUGGAACGAUUGUGUGGCGCAUUGAGCACUUUGGAGCCUUGGUGGCACGCCUGCGGGCCAAUGCCAACAAUCUGGAGUACUCACACCAGUGCUAUACCUCGCCGCAUGGCUACAAGUUCUGUGCCCGGCUAAACAUACAGCCGAGGAAGCCGCAUGUGCUGAGCUUGCAUGUGCAUCUGAUGCAGUCGGAGAACGACUACCAUUUGGACUGGCCCUUCAAGGGACGCAUCAAGUUGUGCAUGGUCCAUCCGGCGGAUGUGACGUUGUCGCAGCACGACACCAUCAUGACCAAGCCGGAGAUACUGGCCUUCCAUCAGCCGCGCGAGGCGAUCAGCACGCGGGGAUUCGGCUUUCUCGAGUAUGCCAACAUAUCGAACAUCAUUCAGCUGGGAUUCUGCGCCGACGACCGGCUGCUCAUCAAGAUAGAAAUCAAUAUUGUCUGAGAUGCAACGAAGGAAACCGGAAACUUAAGUCUUCCGAUUACGUUACGUUCACGGCAAGGUGGAUCGAAUCGUAGGGCAUUAAGGUAAUCUGUGCAAGUAGGAACGAAAGUCAACAAUUUGUCAGAAAAAUUAACAUAUUUAGCUAUUCCCAUGUUAGACAGAAUUCAUCUGUUUAUCUUUUUGAUAUCUUACGUUUACUGCAGUGAGUGUGGUAAUUUACAAAGAUAGUCCCAGAUAAACCCGCUUGAAGGGAGUGCUAGUUAAGGCUUGACCUACUAUCACCAGGCAAAAUAACUUAGAACUACAGAUAACCAGGCGACCCUGCGAUUUGUGUGGACUUACUCGAUCCACUUUCGUGAACACGUACGCCAACGUACAAUAUGCAAUAACCAAUAGCUCACACGUAUAUAUUUUAUAUAGAUCUAUAUAUAGUAUACAAGCGACCGCUAAUAGUCACCGUCUAGCAGGCAUCACAUAAAGCAAUUUCGAUGAUAUUCCAAUUACUAAUCGAUAUUAUCUAUCCUAGAACUAUUCCUUAUUCUCAUUUAUAUUACUAGUUUUUAAUUUCUGUCUUAGCAAGCAAAUGUAAUUGCAGAUCACGUAAAAAAACUGGGGAAAUUAGAUCUAUAAUUAGAAAUCUGUAUUGAACUUGGAUUUCCCCGUGAUCCCUUAUCAAUGCACUUACACACUUAAUUAAUCUUCAGUUUUCAAAACAUUCUCAUCAAUUUGAUUGAAUUUAACUUUUAGUAACUGAGUACGUCCAUUAGGUACAAAUACCGACAAUUUUUUUAUAUCUAGGUUACUUAAUAUUCAAUUUAGAAUUAUGCUAGGUUUAAAAUCUUCAGUUUAGCGUUUGGAAAAACUAAUGAGUGAGCCAACCAGCGCUUAGAAUUUAAAAUAUGUACCUUUUUCAAACAACGAAGGAGCCAGAAAAAAUAUUUUAGCCUCCGUUUAUGAAAUCCAAUUUGAUUUGGAAAAAAACAAAGGCUGUAUGUACUUAUUAUUUUACCCCAAUAUUUAACUUAGACCAUAACAAUACGUACUAUGUUUAGUGCUAGGGAGCUCGGGUAGAACGCACACCCUGGCAUAGAUCGAAACCCAGUUCGGUCUGGGUUCUGACCGCUGACGGAAUGGACCCUUUUCCGGUUAGGGAAUCCCAAUAAAGGACAUUUUUGUACCGCCAA